AUGAAGUUCACGGCCGCACUGACGAGCUUCAUGCUCGCUGCCGGCGCCAGCGCUUCGGCAUGGCAGCGCUCUCACCAAUUGGUGCCACCCAUCAUUGAGGGCACCGUCAUCGACCUCAACAGCCUCGAGCGCCGCGCCGAAGGCAACCCCACGACGGGUGCGGGCAUCUUCCAGCAGCUGACCGACCACAACGACACCUCGCUCGGCACCUUCGGCAUGCGCUUCUGGUGGAACGCCACAUUCUACGCCGGGCCCGGCUCGCCCAUCAUCUUCUUCACGCCCGGCGAGAUCGCCGCCGACAACUACGGCCACUACCUGACCACCAACACCAUCCCCGGCCGGCUCGCGCAGGCCGUCGGCGGCGCCGUCGUCAUGAUGGAGCACCGCUACUGGGGCAAGAGCUCGCCCGUCACCGAGCUGACCACCAAGAACAUGCAGUGGCUGACCCUCGAGAACUCGAUCAAGGACACGACCUACUUUGCCCGCAACGUCAAGCUGCCCUUCGACCCCACGGGCUCGAGCAGCGCCGACAAGGCCCCCUGGGUCUUCUCCGGCGGCAGCUACUCGGGCGCCCUCUCCGGCUGGGUCGAGUCGGUCGACCCGGGCACCUUCUGGGCCUACCACGCCAGCAGCGCCGUCGUCGAGGCCGUCGGCGACUUUUGGCAGUACUUUGACCCCGUGCGCCAGGGCAUGCCCAAGAACUGCAGCGUCGACGUCAACAAGGUCAUUGAGCACGUCGACAAGAUCCUCAAGUCUGGCGACGAGACCGCCAUCCACGCCAUCAAGAAGAAGUUUGGCCUGGAGGCCAUUGUGCACAAUGAUGACUUUGCUGGUGUCCUCGAGAACGGCCCCUGGAACUGGCAGAGCCACGACUUCAGCUCCGGCGGCGUCCCCGCCUUCUUCCAGUUCUGCAACUACGUCGAGAACACUGGCCCGGCAUUCAACUCCACCUCCAUCCCCGGCCCCGAGGGCGUCGGCCUCUGCAAGGCGCUCAACGGCUACGCCAAGUGGAUCAAGGAGAAGUACCUCCCGGGGGCCUGCGCCGCCUACGGCUACUGGGACGACCGCAACAGCCUCGCCUGCUUCGACACGUACAACGCCAGCUCGCCGCUCUUCACCGACCUCAGCCUCGGCAACACCAUCAACCGGCAGUGGAACUGGAUGCUGUGCAACGAGCCAUUCAAGUUCUGGCAGAACGGCGCGCCCGAGGGCUACCCGACGCUCGUGUCGCGCCUCAUCAACAACGCCUACUGGGAGCGCCAGUGCGCCCUCUUCUUCCCCGAGCAGGACGGCUUCACCUACGGCAUCGGCCGCGGGCUCGACGUCGGCGACGUCAACAGGUACACGGGCGGCUGGUUCAAGACGGACACGAAGCGCCUCAUCUGGGUCAACGGCGAGUGGGACCCCUGGAAGGACGCCACCGUCUCGUCCGACUUCCGGCCCGGAGGCCCCUUCGAGGGCACCCCCGAGGCCCCCGUCCUGAUGAUCCCAGGCGGCAUCCACUGCAGCGACCUGCGCUGGCCCAACGGCGAGGUCAACGCCGGCGUGCGCAAGGUCCAGAACGAGGUCAUCCGUCAGGUCCAGACCUGGGUGGAGGAGUACUACCACAAGAAGGAGUAG